AUAAUCUAUUCGGUAUGCAGAAAAUUAUUUUCGAAACUGUUCUAUAUGGUUGUCCGUUGUUACACUUGCCAGACAUGUUAGCUCUUAUAGGCUCAAAGGAAGACCCCAUCCUGUCGCUAAGCUGCCCUUGUAGAUGCCUGUCUGUAAAGCCAAACUAAACAUGUAGUUGCUCCGUGAAUUCGCCAGGUGGCACAAGAAUACACUUUAUGUUAAUUCGCUUUCACCGUGGUGAAAAACAUAUAAUGUUAUCAUAAUGGCAUUAGAAGGACGAGUUUAAAUAUAUUUGUUUUUAUUUAUUUGACAUUGUUAAAAGAAAUCAGGAGAGCUGUUAAAAACGGCCAAUUUUAAGACCCUACAGAGCCGACGCCCGCGCUCCGACCCCACAGGCUACCUCACCCGUGUCUCGGGCUGCCGCUGCUGGCGGGGCGUGCGUGACAUGCUCUCAAGGUGCAGUGAGAUGAAGACGAGGCAGGAGAAAACAUUUUGACAAGGGCAUUGCGUAUCGGAGCAUUGGAUUCAUACUUUGUCACCGGCAAAAUGGCCAAAAAUACAUCCUUGUAUUUUCGCAUUGUCGAGGGCAGGAACCUACCAGCCAAAGACGUGUCUGGAACCAGUGAUCCAUACUGCGUAGUAAAAGUUGAUAAUGAAAUCGUGGUCAGGACUGCUACAGUGUGGAAAAAUCUUAAUCCUUUCUGGGGUGAAGAGUACACGCUACAUCUCCCAAUGGGUUUCCACUCUCUUUCCUUCCAUGUCAUGGAUGAGGAUACAAUUGGCCAUGAUGAUGUUAUUGGAAAGAUUUCGCUCACCAAAGAAGCCAUCCGCUCUCAAGCUAAAGGGCUAGACAGUUGGAUAAACCUGACAAGGGUGGAUCCUGAUGAAGAAGUCCAGGGGGAGAUCCACCUGAGUCUUCAGCUGCUGAAGCACACAGAGAAAGUUAUCCUCCGAUGUGGUGUCAUUGAAGCCAGAGACCUUGCGCCGAGAGACAUUUCUGGAACCUCAGAUCCAUUUGCAAGAGUUAUUUACAACAACCAUAGUGCAGAGACCUCGAUUAUUAAGAAAACUCGUUUCCCUCACUGGGGAGAGACCCUGGAGCUGCACUUGGAUCCCCAGGAGCUCAGUGAGGAGGGGACACUUGUUGUGGAGGUGUGGGACUGGGACAUGGUGGGAAAAAAUGAUUUCCUGGGAAAGGUGGAAAUCCCUUUCGCUUGUUUGCAUAAAACCCCUGUGUUGGAAAGCUGGCUUCGUUUGCUACCCUUGGGAAACAAUGAGGUGGAUGCAGGUGGCAAGUUGGGAGCUCUGCGCUUGAAGGUGCGUUUGGUUGAGGAUCAGAUUUUGCCUUCUAUGUACUAUCAGCCCCUCAUUGACCUUUUGGUUGAGUCAGUCAUCUCCCCUGCUGAGGUGGAGGACACCAGUGCGCUGACCAUGCUGGAGGAGGUAACCACAGUUGAGAGCCGACAAGAUGUGGCCAUGACCUUGGUGAAGAUUUACUUGGGUCAAGGCCUGGUGGUUCCCUUCUUAGAUUAUCUAAACACCCGGGAGGUCAACCACACAACGGAUCCAAACACUCUUUUCCGCUCUAACUCCCUUGCUUCCAAAGCCAUGGAGCAGUUCAUGAAGGCUGUUGGCAUGCUGUAUUUACAUGAAGUUCUGAAGCCCAUCAUCAACCGCAUUUUUGAUGAGAAGAAGUACAUUGAACUGGACCCGUGUAAGAUUGACCUGAACCACACAAGACGAAUUUCAUUUAAAGGUGCAGUGUCAGAGGCAGAGGUGCGGGAUAGCAGUGUGGAGAUGCUGCAAAGCUACUUAAGCAGGAUCAUUGAAUCAAUCGUGGGCUCGGUUGAGCAAUGCCCUCCUGUCAUGAGAGUGGCCUUCAAACAUCUGCACAAGCGUGUUGAGGAACAAUUUGCUGAACCUGAAAAUGAGGAUGUGAAAUAUCUCGCCAUCAGUGGAUUUUUUUUCCUACGUUUUUUUGCCCCUGCAAUCCUCACACCAAAACUGUUCCAGCUGAGGGACCAGCACGCUGAUACACGUACAAGCAGGACACUGUUACUGCUGGCCAAGGCAUUACAAAGUGUGGGAAACCUGGGCCUUCAGUUAGGUCAUGGAAAGGAACAGUGGAUGACGCCUCUCCAUCCUAUCAUCCUUCGCAGUGUGGCCUCUGUCAAGGACUUCCUCGACAAGUUGAUUGACAUCAAUCAUGACAUUGUGUCUGACAUGCCACAGAGGGCUGUGUUCCUCCCCUCAGUCAUUGUCAAAGAAGGUUACCUCCACAAACACAAGACUGAAGGAGCUCAACUUCUAUCUCGCUUUGCCUUCAAGAAACGGUACUUCUGGUUGACGAGUGAGACCCUUUCUUACGCCAAGGCACCUGAUUGGCAGGUGCGCUCCUCAUUGCCCAUUCAUUGUGUCUGCGUGGUGGAGAGGGUGGACGAAAACGCCUUCCAGCAGCAGAAUGUAAUGCAGGUUGUCACCCAGGACGACGAUGGGCAGCUGCACACCAUGUACAUCCAGUGCAAGAAUGUUAACGAGUUGAACCAAUGGCUGUCGGCCAUCAGGAAAGUCAGCAUCUACAAUGAACGCAUGCUGCCCUCCUUCCAUCCAGGGACAUAUCGCGGUGGCAAGUGGACUUGCUGUCUGCAGACAGACCGUGCCGUUCCAGGCUGCAGUAGGACCCACUCAGCUGUGACUCUGGGGGACUGGAGUGACCCCCUUGAUCCUGACGUAGAGACUCAGACCAUUUACAAGCAGCUUCUCCAGGGGAGGGACAAACUCAGGAAAAAACAUCUUCCAGAGGCCGAUGCAGAUCAAAUGGCCGACAGUAAAGAAAAGAUCCACUCCAACAUCAACCCAGAUGGUGCAGAAUGUAACCUAGUGAAGCCGGGUGAGGGCCUUGCUUCCCGCCUCUUAUCGGUGAUUGAGGAUCUAGAAGAGGCUCACGCAAGCUUCCAGCCUAGAGAAGAGGACUCCACCAAUGUGAUUGCGAAUGCCUAGUCCAGACCGGAGCAGGGAUUCCCAUAAAUCCUUCCCAGGCGAGUGUCACUCUGGGGAUGGUGAUGAAGGAAAAAAUGGAUGCAGGGUGCGUCCUUUGUAGUGUUUUUCACUAUAUAGGCCAUGCUUUGUAUUCUGUGAGUGCCACUGACUUGAACAAUGCAGCAGAAAAUUCCUGAAAGGGAUUUCAUGUUUUGUUACGUGUCGCAUGGCCUGCAACCUCUUGUGGUCAAAUGUGAAAAGAAGCUUUUAUAUUUUGACAUUUUGUACAGGACACAUAUCACACAUUUUAUGCAAACACUUGUAAUGUUAGCUUCACUUUUUUGUUUGAAAUGCUUUUUGUCAUUGAUUCCACUUCACUAGAAGUGAUCUCAUCAUAGGAAACAUAUGAAUGUGCCACCUCAUGCACAGUGAUGAUGUAUUGUAAACCUUUAUGACGACACUAAACUUCUGUUUGGUGCUGUUAGCUGCCAAAUGUUAGAAAUUGACAUCCUUGAGCCCAAGGAUGCAUUGUUGUAGUUCAUGGGUAAUAUUUACCUUUUUAAAUAUUAUAUUCAUGUGCUGUAGAAUGACAAUCAGUAGUUGAGCUUUCAUACUGUCUGCAUUCACUACACCAAUACAAAUACAAAAUGUGAUCUGUGCUUUUAUUUUGAUAUCGUGUGUUAUUUCAAUUGAACUGUUAGCUGUGAAUUCAACACAAGUGUAGUAUUUUUGGAAUUCAUCUAACACACCAAAUGUUUAAUUUCUGACCGUAAAGAAGAUAUGUUCAUCCUACAAGUUGUAGAUCUUCAUCAAAUGAUUGUUUCAGUCAGAACGUGAACUAUUUGGCCUCAACUUUUUUCAGCUUUUAACAAAGUUUCGUCUCUUUAUAAGGUGAAGACAUGUCCUGAAAGGCGCCAUUAACUUCCAAAUAUCAAUUUGUAAAUUGAUCACGCCACGUUUCUCAAACAACUAUUACACAAAGUACUUUUAUGUUGGUAUUUAAAUGCUAAUGGAAGCUGAGUGACCUGCAGUGAAGCAGCAGACUAAUCCCUUCAGGUCUGCCUCUCACAUGUGACCAAACUGAGACAGCAAGGGUGUCCAAAGUCCAUUUUAGGCCAGCAGCUCAUUUAUUAUUAGCCCCUCGGCAUAUUCUAAAAAUAUAAUUAAUUCAUAAUUAAGGAGAUACUGUAGAUCCCUGCUUUUCCCCGCAAGUACUGCAAUUGGUAUACUCAUGGAAACGUCUAUUUUUGACAAAGUAUCCUGCUAGAUUGACAUUGACCUUAUCCUCUGAUUUCAGAUCAACAUUUGCAAUAAAAGGGACAAUUCUUCAUUUGAUUCAGCUUUAAUCCAGUGACAGGUUUAAGCCUUUAAAUAUGCCCCACAUAGUAAAGUAUGAAAUGUACAGGAACUCUUCACUUGUGAAUGAUAAUGUACGAUGAUCAAUGAACAGAUGGAAUGGGAGUCAAGGUGUAGCCUUGAGCCUCAGGUCAGUAGGCUAGUGCUAGAGCAGGGGUGUUUGCAAAGUCAUCAUAAUAAACAUUAAA